GGUCUUCUUUCGCUUUCUGAAGGAUGCGACGCAUUAUUUACAUGGUCACGUAGUAGGAAGUAGUGAAUUCCGAGCAAACUUCUUUAUUACUUCCUGAUUAUACAACGAAUCAUAUUAUAUGAUAGGCCGCUUGGCGGUUAUCCAGUUCAAGGUGAACUGCAUUCGCCGUCAUCAUAAAUAGCAAAAUCGUGUGCGCGGUAUGGGGAGAUCAUAGAUAUAGAAAGGGGUGGGGCUGCGUCGAAAGACACAGUCUGAAGUCAAGCGCAAUCAUGCUCCGCUCUGUAAUGCAGUGGUUCCCGGAUCGCAGACACGAUCGAGAGACAGCGUGAAAGGAUCGAGAGGCUCUCGCUGAAACGGCUGAAAACGCGCCCGGUAAAUUAACAGUUAGUCGAUCGGGCGUCGCGGCGCAGGCCGUCGAUGGGCUUUCGUUCGUACGCAUCAUGGAAUUGAUUUGGACAUUCGUUUUGCUCGUCGGGUUUGCACGCUCGUCCCGUCCGUCGCACCUUGAAGUGGUUUACCAGUGGAAGUAUUUGGAUUGGGCCUGGCCGAAUGUACAUCUGUCAGAGAAAAAUUACACGCUGGGCAAUGCCUUCACGCAAGACGUGGAUAUCGACAGGCGGGGUCGCGUGUUCGUGACGAGUCCGCAGUGGUUGGACGGUGUGCCGAUUAGUUUGUCUUUGGUUACUAAGGCGCACGGAGCCGGCGGUCCUUUACUCGUGCCGUAUCCCCACUGGUCCUGGCACACGCCGCACAGCUGCGAAAGCAUCAUAUCUGUUUACAGAAUUGCGAUUGACGAGUGCAAUCGUUUGUGGGUGGUCGACACUGGCAGAGUAAUGAGGAGAGCAAUANACCCUCGGUAUGUCACUGUCGCCGAUGGGAUUUUUAAGCACAGAUAUCUGUAUUUUAACUCGCUCGCCAGCUAUUACCAGAAAUUCACGGACACAUUUUCGUUGACGCGAAGCGAGUACUGGGAGCCGGUGGUAUUUCAAUCAAAUUACAAGCGCGCGAGCCAAGCGGGUGUGCAGGCGACCUCUCGAAGAGGCGUAAUAUUUUUCCAAUUGGUCCAAUUAACCGCCAUUGCUUGUUGGGACAUCGGGAAACCAUUUACUCCGGAGAACGUCGUGAUAAUAGCGCAAGACGAGGAGACUCUGCAGUACGUGAGCGGCAUUAAGGUGAUCGCGAAUAAGGUCGGCAGGGAAGAAUUGUGGUUCAACACCAAUCGGCUCCAGAAGACGAUAAACAUGAGUCUCAGGCCGACGGAGACAAACUUUCGUUUAAUUAGAGGAAAAGUCGACGAUAUCAUCCGCGGCACGAAUUGCGAGCCGUCCGGCAUCAGGACGCUAACACCAGACACUGUCUAUUGGCAUCAAAUAUAAAUUCACCAAGACUUUA